AUGUCAACCAAAGGGAAUGAUCAGAACCCAGUAAGUUCUGAAGACAGUGGAGAUGUCACCAAUACAGCUUGUGCUGGUUUUGCCAACAGUCCUAACUUAACCCAGGAGUUAUGCUCUCCUGGUCAGGGUGAGAAGAUGAAGGAACAUAGUCGAUAUUCUACAACCACGUCUGUAGGUCAUCAAGACACACUCCAACAACACAGGUUGUCUUUGGAUUCUAACAUUAGUUGGAACAAAUCCUCCGUGUCAUAUCAAAAGAACAGUUAUCAAAAAGAAAUACGCUCUGUUUCAUUGGCCUCAUUAGAGCAAACAUCUGGUCAUCGUUGUGAAACUUAUGAUUCAGGUUUUGAUGGUGGGAUUCCUACAGAUGACAGGAGACCAGACAGGAUACCAGCCUCUCUAAGUAAGAGAGGGUACCUGUCCGAGUACGACUACAGAAGAUGGACGGGGAUCAGUUCUACUCCCAGUCAGAGUCAAUACAUCAAAAAACAUUUGGUGCAGCGCAGGGAUAUAUCCCCAGUACGUUGGGAUAAAAGUAUAGGUAAAAAAACUAAUUCUCAUUCCUCAACAUUGUCAUCUUCAGUAUCUUCACCAUUGUCCCCAACAGCAACAUCAACAAUUUCAUCAAUGACAUCAACAAUUUCAUUUUCUACAUCGUCACCAUUUUCAUAUCAGCCUUUGUCAUCAUCUUCACCGACACCAGAGACACCUUCUCCAUACUCUCAAACUAAAUACCGAAGUGCAAUAGAUACAGACUUACUAAACAAAGGAGCCAGUCCAUCAUUAAUAGAAUCUGCCGAUUCAAAUUGUAACGAAAGUGCUGAUAUAUCAGUGUUUGGUGAUGAGGAGGAUGGCAAACUGGUGAGGAGACACUUCAAGGGUACGAUAUCACAUACAGAAUUUAAAGGUGAAUACGUAGAGUCGGACAGUGAUAGGACACGAGACAGAAUGUGGAGUAGUGAGAGUGCGAGUUGUUGGGGAGGAUAUUUGGAACGUGAUUACAACCUUCUUGGCCAUGCACUAUUGAGUCCUCGUGGAAGCAGUGGUAGCAUAUGUAGUAUUCGUUCUAGUAAUGCUGACUCUGCCGUUGAUCUCCUUACUCCAGAAGAGGAAGGUCUCGACUGUUCCAGUAUAACCAUCGAAGAAUCUGUAGAUUGGUUCAAGACUACAGACAGAAAACAAUACCCUAUUUCUCAGCAGGAGAAACAGAACAGAUUAGGGCCGAGUGAACAACAUACAUGUAAGAAUAUAAAACUACCGUCCGUAGUCAUUAGUGACCAUAGUGAACCAGUGCAAGAACUGGACAAAGAAAGCAGCACAAAUGAUUCUCAGGAUAAAAAUAGAGGAAAUAUUGCCAUGGACUACUUGUCCUACAAUAGAGAGAACUCAUGUACUUCUGUAAGUUCUAAUGAGUCAUUUGCCUCUGAUACUCUCUCAGAUAUUGAGGAUACCCACCAACCUCCACCCAAACCCAAGAGGAAAGCGGUGAAGGAUAUUUGUGAAAAAGAAAUUUCACCAUGUAAAGACAAAGAGAUAUGUCCCUGUGAGAUAUGUAUUAUUGGUCACGCUGCCGUGGUGAAGCAAGCUCCUACUGUAGAUAAAGUGAUAUCAAGUACAGUUGGCAAGGAAAGUUCGCUUGUACACAAAGUUCUGGAAGACAUAGAUGAUCUGAAACGGUCAAUCUGGGCUCUGACCCCAGAUGUUGUCAUGGAUACUGUCACCACGGAUACUACAGACAGUGGUCAGCAACAGUCACCACCAGAAGACCAAGAGCUUCAACAAAAUAAAGUAAUCGCAGUUGAAACAGGGCACAAACCAGGCUGGCAACACAGAAUAACCGGAGAGAAAUCUGUUCCAUCAUUACCUCUUGUACAGAAAGUGUUCAAUGCUGAUGCUGUUCGAGAACAUUUCAAACAACAGCAACAAAUGUUUAUUGAGAUGAAUAAAGGAAUUUCUGAUCUAAAGCCAAUCAACGGAAGAAAUGGACUUUUAAGCUUCAAACCGAAACCAUGUCUGAUUGAUUGUAAUGAUGGUAUUGAGGACAUUCUCAACAAACAGCAUAAACACAUUGAUGUGGAUAGCAUUUUAUCUGGUCCGGCAAUGGUUCAAAAUGAUAAGGAAAAUGUCAAGAAAACAAUACCUGAAAAACAGACUCCAUGCAACGGUGAACAAUCUCAUAAAAAAUGUACGCCUCAGCAGCAUCAUCCACGACCUCACAGCAUUUUAAGUAAGUCAAGCAUGCAUAAACAAGUGAAUCGUUGUAAAAAGAGUGUACAGUUUUCACUUGUUGAAGACUACAAGGAGGAAAAUUUGACAGGUCCUGAUGGAUUGGAUGCUUGCAUGCGUGGGUGUGAAGGGUUGUCACCUGCGAUGAACGAGAUUGCCACAACCAGAGUUGCUGUGUGUGACAAGCCAUUGUCAAGUGAAGGCUACAAACCUGUGUCAGGUGAUGAACAUAGUGAUCAUCACCCACCCUCAGCUGGGUCAGGCCCAAUCAUGAAAAGUGUGCCUGAUAGCCUUGAGGAAAGUACACAUUCUGGCAUUCCUGAUGCCCAGGGGACCACUAGACCAGGCCAGGCCUGCACUAGUACAGAUAAAAAACUGGUGACAUCACUACCUCUAUACUGCAAAAAAACAACUAGUAGGCAUGUAGUACAUAACUCUGAGGAAUCAUCGACUGUCAGACUGUACAGUGGUACUGACGAGAGAUGGAACACUGGAGAAAAGGCACAUUUAAAAAGUAAUGGAUGUCUCGAACAAAAAAAUACCAAGGGUAUUCUGAAGUAUAGCCAGCCUCCAUUACAGAGCGGGGAAAGCUGCGACAUAAACACAAGUUUAAAAUCAAGUGACGCACCGUGGCAUAGCAACAGAAGUGGUGGUACUAGUGUUAUUGCUAGUCACAAAUCAAACCCUGUGAUAUGGAGAACUAAUGUAGCCUGCCAGCCAGAUAAGGGACUAUUGAAAUCUCACCAGAUUGCUUCUACAAAUGGCAGAAGAAGUGGUUUAUUAGCUAAGAAGUCGAGCAAGCCAUGGCUACAAAAUCAAGCUAGGCCAGCUUCAUCAGAAGGCAACAAUGCUGAUAAUAUUGGUCGUCAUUCCAUUGUUCCAUCAAAGUGGGCUGUGAAUCUAAAUUUAAAGAAAAGAAAAGUUACACAUUCAGUCUGUAACAACAAAGAUGAGACCGUAUCUGUUGAGGAAUGUGACAUACCGAUCACGCAAUUAAGCCCAUCACCUGAAAAUCACCUGGACGUGUGUGGUAGGCAUAACAAUGUAGACACUACAGGUAAUGCUUAUACAGGUGAAAAAUAUUUACACCUGGUCAAAAGCCUGUCGUCAAUUCCUGACAAAUCGGUCAGCUCCUUGCCUUCAACUUUUAAUGAGAUAAACCUUUCUAAACAAGACACACCAGAGGAAGCAGAAUCUACCUGUCCUGUGAAAGGUGACGAGGACACAGGUGUAAUUACAACAGUGCCAUACCGAGAGGUUACUGGCACAAAAACAUUAAAGAACCAGGAUUGUACAAUACAUGGAAAGUGUUCUGAUAACACAAUUCAACAUGGUAAUGGAAUAACAUGUUCAGGACAGGGAUAUGUUUCAUCGGUUAGUUUAUCUGCAUCCAAACCUAAAGGUAAAAUACCUGGAAAGCAGGACACACAAAGUCCAGUAUUAGCUCCGGUCAAUACCUCUCAACCAAAAUCUGAAGCUAGGUUACCUAAUGACGGAAUUUCAGCAACAACACCUGGACAAGUUAUAGAUAAAAUACCUCUGGACAAAUCGUCUAAAGAAAGGUCUGGUGUGGACAGCUCAGCGGAUAAUGAGAUAACUUUAGGCCUCUCACGACAAGUAGAAGUUAAUAUAGGGAAACCGGAUUUACAGCAGGUAGAAAGGAGCAGAUUAGAUGUGGAUAAGUCCUAUAAUGACAAAAUACCCAUUUCUCUGACUGAGCAGGCUACAACAGGUAAUACCGUUCUACACCUAGCGAAAGGAAAAUUGUUACCUGUGUCACCUAAUUAUGACAAUAAUCUUUGUGAACAGGUAAGGAAAUUGAACUGUGCUGUAACAAAGCUUUCACCUGUGGUCUUUGGGGUCCAUGCUGGACGUUUGACCUCACCUAAUACUGAUAUAAUAUCUCCUGCUACAUUAGAUACACAUAAUGAAGUAAACAGACUGGACAAUAGGCAGGUAAAGGCCAACGGCCAUCAGUGUAUUGAUACACAGGUCAAGGGGUCAGGCUGCAUACAUUUUACCACUAAUACACAUAGGUCAUCUUCACCUCAGCCCAGUACUGCCUUAUCCAAGUGUAAUCAUGUAACAUUCACAAAGAAGGAUAUAACGGAUACAAAACCAACGAGGCCUAGUUCAGGCACAGACAGACUGUCAGGGAAAGGUUUUAAACAAAAUAGGAAGUCAUAUUCAGAUAGUUUGGAGCCAUCCGUUGUUGGAAAUCACUAUAAAUACACAGCUAUUCAGGGGUGUAAAAAGCUGACGCAGACUGGUGGCCUUGACCCGAUAGGAAGACAAGCUAUAAGUCGUGGGAGUGAUAUAAGUACGGCCACGGCCCUUUGUACCAGUGUAGGUAAACACCCGGGGUGGACGGUAGUACACGCUUCGUCUCUCAAAUCUGGUGUAAACAUGGAGGCUAGCACAGCCAAUACAACAGACAGUGUACUUGCAGAACAUAUAAGUAAAGCAGAAGACAAAGAUGGGAUCAGUGUAGUACGCCAAGAUCAUCAUACCAUUAAACACAGUUCAGAGGAGGACACGGAAGCUUUCAACGGAAAUGUGCACAACGAAACUAGUGAUAUUGUUACACCCCUGGUGGGGAAUGAGGAGUUCGGACAGUAUGAGGAAGGGGACCCCCCUCCAUGUGAGUGUGACGAAUGUCUCCUCGACAAGGAUGAAGAUAUGACUACAGUCAAACACAAGUCUUACAAGAGGCAAAGUUCCUGGAGAAAGAUUCGGAACAUUGUCCACUGGUCCCCCUUUAUACAACAGUUCAAAAAACACCGGUAUCCAUGGAUACAACUAGCAGGUCAUCAAGGCAAUUUUCAAGCUGGUGAACCCGGGGGUGUUUUAAAGAAGUUUGAUCCACAUGAAGAAAAGGCCCUGGUGAAGUUGAUGAAGGAUGUACUACGACCUUACGUACCAGAACACAGGGGCCAUGUGGUGAAAAACAACGACAAAUACAACCAAAUGCAGGAUUUGUUGUGUGAAUUUGAAGCACCUUGCGUCAUGGACAUCAAGAUGGGCACGCGGACAUACCUUGAGGAAGAGCUUGAGAAAGCCAGAGAAAAGCCCAAAUUACGCAAGGAUAUGUAUCAGAAGAUGAUGGAGGUUGACCCGUCAGCACCCUCGGAGGAGGAACAUGCCCAGCAGGCUAUCAUCAAACCACGUUACAUGCAGUGGAGAGACGAAAUGAGCUCGUCUGUUAACCUCGGCUUCCGUAUAGAGGGUAUCAUGAAAGUAAAUGGUGGCUCCAGCAAAAAUUUCAAGAAAACACGAAAUCGUGAUGAAGUUAAAGAAGCAUUGAAAUCCUUCAUUGGAGAUAGCCAGGAGAUUUUGUCUAAAUAUAUACGUCGGUUAAAAGCUAUCCGGGCUACUCAAGAAACUUCCGAGUUCUUCCGUAUGCAUGAGAUAAUUGGCAGCUCUUUAUUAUUUGUGCAUGAUAAGUCAGAAAAGGCAAGCGCCUGGAUGAUAGACUUUGGGAAAACUAUGCCACUUCCAUCUGGUGUGAGUAUAGAUCACAGAUCGCCAUGGGUCGAGGGUAAUCACGAGGAUGGCUAUAUGACAGGUCUCGACAACUUACUCUCAAUACUGAUGGAACUCACCAAAAAUACAGACAAUGCAGAAAAAAAGGAUUCCGAGUGAUCACUGACUGAAUCUAAAGAGUGUUGAUCUAUACAAUCCCUACAGACUUCUAAUUUGGGGUUUGAAACCCACUUACAACAUCUAAAAUGAAAUAAUGUGGAUUCGUCUGACCAUGAUGAUGCUACAAUAUCACAGUAAGAUUCCUGUGAUCAAGAGUACUUGUGGUGCUAAGAUUUAGAUUACCGAUACUCCAAUGAUAAGGUAUAUCACUGAUACAUCGAUCAGUGGUGAUUUUACGUUGAGAUUUUUGAUACAUUUCUAAUCCAGAGCUGUGGUGACAGAAUAAUUACAGUGGUAAUUUAACAGGACCUAACAGAAAGUAUGGCAGCAUGGGAAAGUUAAGCAAGAAAUAAGUAGGAAACGGUUUAAAGUGGAGCUGUAGGUGUUGAUCCUUCCUGUAUAGAUAACUGAGGAGUGUCACUGUGGACCAAAAUGUCAUGUGAUGUAAUGACAUCCCAGGUGGUGUCUACAGGUGUCAGGUGUAAUGACAUUCCAGGUGGUGUCUACAGGUGUCAGGUGUAAUGACAUCCCAGGUGGUGUCUACAGGUGUCAGGUGUAAUGACAUCCCAGGUGGUGUCUACAGGUGUCAGGUGUAAUGACAUCCCAGGUGGUGUCUACAGGUGUCAGGUGUAAUGACAUUCCAGGUGGUGUCUACAGGUGUCAGGUGUAAUGACAUCACCAGGUGGUGUCUACAGGUGUCAGGUGUAAUGACAUUCCAGGUGGUGUCUACAGGUGUCAUGUGAUGUAAUGACAUCCCAGGUGGUGUCUACAGGUGUCAGGUGUAAUGACAUUCCAGGUGGAGUCUACAGGUAUCAGGUGUAAUAUAAAUAACUACGACAGGAAGAGGUACAUCACAUCUUCUGAUUCUAAAACCCAGUCAUUAUCACUAUAGAUUUAAUAGAUAGAAAAGUGCCAGUUAUUGUUUUUGUUUACUCAGAAGCAGAAAGCAUUCUCUCUAAACAUUCCCAUAGUAUUGGUACUUCAAUUCUUGCCUGAAAGUUUUCUCUGUUGCCAUGGUUACUCGUGCUUUCAUGUAUGUUUAGUGGUGAUUUCCACAGGGGAAUUAUCUGCUGAUUUGUAUUUAAUGUAUAUAACUAAAAUCAUUUGCUGUGUUCAUUUAAGAGACCGUUAUGUCAGUUACCUUUUUCAUGUAAAACGCACACAACCUACCAUAUAUGGUCGUCUUAUAAACCAUAGUAACAGUAUACACAUCACACAGUCAGUCGACGGUAACGUCUUAUAAACCAUAGUAACAGUAUACACAUCACACAGUCAGUCAACGGUAUUGUCCCUUAUAAACCAUAGUAACAGUAUACACAUCACACAGUCAGUCGACGGUAACGUCUUAUAAACUAUAGUAACAGUAUACACAUCACACAGUCAGUCAACGGUAUUGUCCCUUAUAAACCAUAGUAACAGUAUACACAUCACACAGUCAGUCGACGGUAACGUCUUAUAAACCAUAGUAACAGUAUACACAUCACACAGUCAGUCGACGGUAACGUCUUAUAAACCAUAGUAACAGUAUACACAUCACACAGUCAGUCAACGGUAUUGUCCCUUAUACACCAUAGUAACAGUAUACACAUCACACAGUCAGUCGACGGUAACGUCUUAUAAACCAUAGUAACAGUAUACACAUCACACAGUCAGUCGAUGGUAACGUCUUAUAAACCAUAGUAACAGUAUACACAUCACACAGUCAGUCGACGGUAACGUCUUAUAAACCAUAGUAACAGUAUACACAUCACACAGUCAGUCGACGGUAACGUCUUAUAAACCAUAGUAACAGUAUACACAUCACACAGUCAGUCGACGGUAACGUCUUAUAAACCAUAGUAACAGUAUACACAUCACACAGUCAGUCAACGGUAUUGUCCCUUAUAAACCAUAGUAACAGUAUACACAUCACACAGUCAGUCGACGGUAACGUCUUAUAAACUAUAGUAACAGUAUACACAUCACACAGUCAGUCAACGGUAUUGUCCCUUAUAAACCAUAGUAACAGUAUACACAUCACACAGUCAGUCGACGGUAACGUCUUAUAAACCAUAGUAACAGUAUACACAUCACACAGUCAGUCGAUGGUAACGUCUUAUAAACUAUAGUAACAGUAUACACAUCACACAGUCAGUCGACGGUAACGUCUUAUAAACCAUAAUAACAGUAUACACAUCACACAGUCAGUCGACGGUAACGUCUUAUAAACCAUAGUAACAGUAUACACAUCACACAGUCAGUCGACGGUAACGUCUUAUAAACCAUAGUAACAGUAUACACAUCACACAGUCAGUCGACGGUAACGUCUUAUAAACCAUAGUAACAGUAUACACAUCACACAGUCAGUCGAUGGUAUUGUCCCUUAUAAACCAUAGUAACAGUAUACACAUCACACAGUCAGUCGACGGUAUUGUCCCUUAUAAACCAUAGUAACAGUAUACACAUCACACAGUCAGUCAACGGUAUUGUCCCUUAUAAACCAUAGUAACAGUAUACACAUCACACAGUCAGUCGACGGUAACGUCUUAUAAACCAUAGUAACAGUAUACACAUCACACAGUCAGUCGACGGUAACGUCUUAUAAACCAUAGUAACAGUAUACACAUCACACAGUCAGUCGACGGUAUUGUCCCUUAUAAACCAUAGUAACAGUAUACACAUCACACAGUCAGUCGACGGUAACGUCUUAUAAACCAUAGUAACAGUAUACACAUCACACAGUCAGUCAACGGUAUUGUCCCUUAUAAACCAUAGUAACAGUAUACACAUCACACAGUCAGUCGACGGUAACGUCUUAUAAACCAUAGUAACAGUAUACACAUCACACAGUCAGUCGACGGUAACGUCUUAUAAACCAUAGUAACAGUAUACACAUCACACAGUCAGUCAACGGUAUUGUCCCUUAUAAACCAUAGUAACAGUAUACACAUCACACAGUCAGUCAACGGUAUUGUCCCUUAUAAACCAUAGUAACAGUAUACACAUCACACAGUCAGUCAACGGUAUUGUCCCUUAUAAACCAUAGUAACAGUAUACACAUCACACAGUCAGUCGACGGUAUUGUCCCUUAUAAACCAUAGUAACAGUAUACACAUCACACAGUCAGUCGACGGUAUUGUCCCUUAUAAACCAUAGUAACAGUAUACACAUCACACAGUCAGUCGACGGUAACGUCUUAUAAACCAUAGUAACAGUAUACACAUCACACAGUCAGUCAACGGUAUUGUCCCUUAUAAACCAUAGUAACAGUAUACACAUCACACAGUCAGUCGACGGUAACGUCUUAUAAACUAUAGUAACAGUAUACACAUCACACAGUCAGUCAACGGUAUUGUCCCUUAUAAACCAUAGUAACAGUAUACACAUCACACAGUCAGUCAACGGUAUUGUCCCUUAUACACCAUAGUAACAGUAUACACAUCACACAGUCAGUCAACGGUAUUGUCCCUUAUAAACCAUAGUAACAGUAUACACAUCACACAGUCAGUCGACGGUAACGUCUUAUAAACCAUAGUAACAGUAUACACAUCACACAGUCAGUCGACGGUAACGUCUCAUAAACCAUAGUAACAGUAUACACAUCACACAGUCAGUCGACGGUAUUGUCCCUUAUAAACCAUAGUAACAGUAUACAAAUCACACAGUCAGUCGACGGUAACGUCUUAUAAACCAUAGUAACAGUAUACACAUCACACAGUCAGUCAACGGUAUUGUCCCUUAUAAACCAUAGUAACAGUAUACACAUCACACAGUCAGUCGACGGUAACGUCUUAUAAACCAUAGUAACAGUAUACACAUCACACAGUCAGUCGACGGUAACGUCUUAUAAACCAUAGUAACAGUAUACACAUCACACAGUCAGUCGACGGUAACGUCUUAUAAACCAUAGUAACAGUAUACACAUCACACAGUCAGUCGACGGUAACGUCUUAUAAACCAUAGUAACAGUAUACACAUCACACAGUCAGUCGACGGUAUUGUCCCUUAUAAACCAUAGUAACAGUAUACACAUCACACAGUCAGUCGACGGUAACGUCUUAUAAACCAUAGUAACAGUAUACACAUCACACAGUCAGUCGACGGUAUUGUCCCUUAUAAACCAUAGUAACAGUAUACACAUCACACAGUCAGUCGACGGUAACGUCUUAUAAACCAUAGUAACAGUAUACACAUCACACAGUCAGUCAAAGGUAUUGUCCCUUAUAAACCAUAGUAACAGUAUACACAUCACACAGUCAGUCGACGGUAACGUCUUAUAAACCAUAGUAACAGUAUACACAUCACACAGUCAGUCAAAGGUAUUGUCCCUUAUAAACCAUAGUAACAGUAUACACAUCACACAGUCAGUCGACGGUAACGUCUUAUAAACCAUAGUAACAGUAUACACAUCACACAGUCAGUCAAAGGUAUUGUCCCUUUAUAGUACGUAACACAAGGAGCCUGUUUAUUUAUGAGUUCAAACUAGUUUAUCUGUUUUUAAAUGAAAUAUUUCAGGCAUGUAUCUUCAAGGGCCUGCAGAUGUUCAUGCAGGCCUUGAAAGUCUUUUGCAAGGCUGAUCUGAAAACAACAUACAAUCACCUGGGCUCGUGUUCAUGAAAUCAUGCUCAAGCUCAAAUACAUGGUUUUUUUUGCUAAGGCUUAAAUAUUUUUGGUAAACAAUCUGAUAUCGGAAUUAAUAUUUUUUCAAAGAUUUGAAGGAAUUUUGAAUAGAUUCUUUUGAACUGCUAUUUAAUGACAAUGGUUUCAUGAAUAUGUGCACAUGCAGAUCUGUACUUAUUUCAUGAAAUAAAUCAGCAUUGUCCAACUUGUGUAACCCUUUGGACUGCAAAAAAUUAGAAAAUUGCAUUGAAUAGUAUUGGUAUUAGGUGAAGACAAGUAAUUCUAAAUAAUGUAAAAGAGUUACCACCCUUGAGUAAUCGUGUGGAACAUUUACAUAUAUGAUGUAUCAUCUUUCAAAAAAGUUGGAGGAUUGUUUAUGAAAAAGUUAUUUACCUGAAAAUUUUUUGACUUUUUUGAGGUGAUGGAAUCUUGAGGUUCACACAUUUGACACAUCUAUCAUUUAUAUCUGGUCAUUUGAGUACCAGGUAAGUACUCAGGUGAAAAAGUCCACAGAAUACCUCUUUCUCUAGAUAUAUUAAUAUCGUGCUACGGUGAAAAAGUCCACGGAAUACCUCUUUCUUUAGAUAUAUUAAUAUCAUGCUACAUAAAGUGUCUGGAAUAUAUGUCAACUUAAAGAAAUGCCAUAUGCUGGAAGAUCUGCAAUCUGCAGAUUUUAUUUCACAAACCAAUAUUUUGAAAAUUACAGGCAAUCUAGAAUUGCGCUAGGCAGUACACAGGAAAUUAUAUGGUACAUUAAAACACUUCAUGUCCACAAUA